CUGUAUGGGGUUAUAAGCAUGGAGAAAAACAGAAGAAUAAUACUAGGUUGUUAACAUAGAUUACUUGGGUAUGGGUAGAUGGGGAGGGGAAAAGAAGAGUAUAGCAGAGAAUUUUAUUUAUAUAUUAAGUACUAUAGAAAAAAAAUAAGCAGGAUAAAAGAUUUAGAGGGUACUGAGAUUGAGAGAGGGUUGCUGUUUAUAAUGGGUGUGUUUGUAAAAUCCAAACCAGUUGCUCUCGAGUUGGUUCCGACUCAUGGUGACCCCGUGUGUAUGUAAAGACAUUAUAUAAAGAUUAGAAAACAAAAACACAAAAGAAAAUAAAAUUGUGUGAUAAGCAAAAAUAGUUGUACCUGUACCUUUCGCGAUCAGGCUCAUUUCUUUCCAAACUUUUCUUCCUAGGCUUUCAUUUCAUGGAUACCCUUUGGCUGUCCAUCUGUUGAUAUAUUAUCCCUUCAACCUCGUGUACUACGAAUAAAUCAUCCUUUAUUGACCGUUUCUUCCACUCAAGGUUUAAUUUUUGUUUAAGCUGCAUCAAUGGAGCACAUACAGGGGGCCUGGAAGACGAUCAGCAAUGGUUUUGGAUUCAAAGAUGCCGUGUUUGAUGGCUCCAGCUGCAUCUCCCCUACAAUAGUUCAGCAGUUUGGCUAUCAGCGCCGGGCGUCAGAUGAUGGCAAACUCACAGAUUCUUCUAAGACAAGCAACACUAUCCGAGUUUUCUUGCCAAACAAGCAAAGAACAGUGGUCAAUGUGCGAAAUGGAAUGAGCUUGCACGACUGCCUUAUGAAAGCCCUCAAAGUGAGGGGCUUGCAACCAGAGUGCUGUGCAGUAUUCCGACUUCUCCAUGAACACAAAGGUAAAAAAGCACGUUUAGAUUGGAAUACUGAUGCUGCCUCUUUGAUUGGAGAAGAACUUCAAGUAGAUUUCCUGGAUCAUGUUCCCCUCACAACACACAACUUUGCUCGGAAGACGUUCCUGAAGCUUGCCUUCUGUGACAUCUGCCAGAAGUUUCUGCUAAAUGGAUUUCGAUGUCAGACUUGUGGCUACAAAUUUCAUGAGCACUGUAGCACCAAAGUACCUACUAUGUGUGUGGACUGGAGUAAUAUCAGACAGCUGUUAUUGUUCCCAAAUUCCACUGUUGGUGAUAGUGGGGUCCCAGCACUACCUUCUUUGACAAUGCGUCGGAUGCGAGAGUCUGUUUCCCGGAUGCCUGUUAGUUCCCAGCACAGAUACUCCACACCCCAUGCCUUCACGUUUAACACCUCCAGCCCCUCUUCAGAGGGCUCACUGUCCCAGAGGCAGAGAUCGACGUCCACGCCUAAUGUCCACAUGGUCAGCACCACCCUGCCUGUGGACAGCAGGGUGAUAGAGGAUGCAAUUCGAAGUCACAGCGAAUCAGCCUCACCUUCAGCCCUGUCCAGCAGUCCCAACAAUCUGAGCCCAACAGGCUGGCCGCAGCCCAAAACCCCGGUGCCGGCACAGAGAGAGCGGGCGCCAGGACCUGGGACCCAGGAGAAAAACAAAAUUAGGCCUCGUGGACAGAGAGAUUCAAGCUAUUACUGGGAAAUUGAAGCCAGUGAAGUGAUGCUCUCUACCCGGAUCGGGUCAGGAUCAUUUGGGACUGUUUAUAAGGGCAAAUGGCAUGGAGAUGUUGCAGUAAAGAUCCUCAAGGUCGUUGACCCAACACCUGAGCAGCUCCAGGCCUUUAGGAAUGAAGUGGCUGUCCUGCGCAAAACACGGCACGUGAACAUAUUGCUCUUCAUGGGGUACAUGACGAAGGACAACCUGGCGAUUGUGACCCAGUGGUGUGAAGGCAGCAGCCUCUAUAAACACCUGCAUGUCCAGGAGACCAAGUUUCAGAUGUUCCAGUUGAUUGACAUUGCCCGGCAGACGGCUCAGGGAAUGGACUAUUUGCAUGCAAAGAACAUCAUCCACAGAGACAUGAAAUCCAACAAUAUAUUUCUCCAUGAAGGAUUGACGGUAAAAAUUGGAGAUUUUGGUUUGGCAACAGUAAAGUCACGCUGGAGUGGUUCUCAGCAGGUUGAACAACCCACCGGCUCUGUCCUGUGGAUGGCCCCAGAGGUGAUCCGGAUGCAGGACAAUAACCCAUUCAGCUUCCAGUCUGAUGUCUACUCCUAUGGCAUUGUAUUGUAUGAGCUGAUGACGGGGGAACUUCCUUACUCACACAUCAACAACCGGGAUCAGAUCAUCUUCAUGGUGGGUCGAGGGUAUGCCUCCCCGGAUCUUAGUAAGCUAUACAAGAACUGCCCCAAAGCAAUGAAGAGGCUCGUAGCUGACUGUGUGAAGAAAGUUAAGGAAGAAAGGCCUCUUUUCCCCCAGAUCCUGUCUUCCAUUGAGCUGCUCCAGCACUCUCUACCGAAAAUCAACCGGAGUGCUUCUGAGCCCUCCCUGCACCGGGCGGCCCACACUGAGGAUAUCAAUGCCUGCACGUUGACCACGUCCCCUAGACUGCCUGUCUUCUAGUUGGACUCUGUACCUGCACUCAGGCCACCAGGGAAGGAAGGGAAGUCAGCAGGCACCACUUUUCUGCUCCCUUUCUAUGGGGACAGAACUCAUUUUCAGAAAAGCUGCUGCUAAGGACCUUCUAGAUGAUUCACAGGGCCUUAACUUCAUGUUGCCUUUUCUACCCUUUCUGGCCCUGGGAGAAGGAAGCCACUCACCAUGCUGGUUUGUCCUGCUCUCCUCUCUCCCCACAUGCCCAUGAGCCAAGCCUUCUCCAGAUGCACAAGUGGGUGCUGAUGGCAGUACAUCAUCCAGGGUCCCCAGCUCUUGGCUAAAUGAAUUAUUUUUACGGCAGGAGAGAAUACUCAGAGUGGAAAUGAAGGUAGUAGACAAUCCAGCUCAGAUGUGGGGACACGUGGAUUUUGGAAUUAAGCUCCUGUGAGGAAUGCUUAUCAGAGGAUGGACUUUUCUUCAAAGAGAUAGCGGCGGGGUACCAAACAGGUAGUUUUGCACGUAAUGCACCAAACAGACCAGGACUGUCGAGAUCCCCGGCCGCCUGAAGGAGCCUGCUCUGGUACUAUGGAACUUUACUUCUUGGACACUUCUUCUUUCAUCCAGCCUGAGGUCUCCAGGUGAGGUGACUGGCCUGCCCUCCCAGUCUCCACCCUCUCAGGGAGCAGUCUUCCAGCGUGUGGAGCAGUCUUCCAGGAGCUGCCCCUAUGGGGCGGGGCCCCAGAACCAGCCUUGUCUCUACAGUCCCAUCACGUGUAUGCAAGGAAGCCAAGGACACAGGUUUUCUUGAUGAUUUGGGUUUUAAUUUUGUUUUUAUUGCGCCUGACAAAAUACAGUUACUAUACUAUGGUUCCUCAAUUAUGUUAUUUUAAUAAAAUAAAUUAAAUUUAGGUUUAAUGGCUGUUACCUCCUUUUAAAGUAAUAAAGUGUCAGGUUAAGACCACUGACUCACAGCUUGACAUGCCACUGUUCACUCCCUUAGAAUGUUCACUCCCUUAGAAAGGGGUUGGGGUAUAAAUUAGUACUCUCUUCUGGAGAAGAACUCAAGAAGCAGGAAGUGAGCCCAGAGUGUAGGCUGGGAAUGAAUUUUACUUCAGCCUUUGUCUUAAAAGCACUCUAAACUCCAGGGUCAAAGUAGACCUUUCUCUACCCACAUUUAUAAAAUAUUUGGUAUCUACGGCUUGUUACAAAAAUAGACAAAUUCCAAGAUUAUGCUCGUCAUUCAAUUAAAACCACAACUGAUGACGGAAAACUUGAGCUCAGAUCUUUUUUGGGACACCUGCUGGGUACAGAACCAGAAACGUCCUUGGGCUCCAUUAAGUUACAAAAUUUAAAUCAAAGCCAGGCUUUACAGGUAAGAAUAAAUGCUUGAGUAUUAACCCCACACGACAGGCCUGUCCAAAGAAGAGCUCUCAGGUGAGAGCCGGGGCUGUUUUCUCUGGAGGGAUGUGGGCAGGGGCUCCUUGGGUCCCAGCCCAGCAGUGAGGGGGCUACACUUCCGCUCUGCCUCCCAGGAAUGCCCGUUACUUCAGGAGCCUCCCGUAUAGGUAAAAAGAUUUAUGCUUAACUUUGUUUACUGAACACAUGGCAAGAAGAUUACUGCUCUUCCUGGAGGGAUGUGGGCAGGGGCUCCUUGGGUCCCAGCCCAGCAGUGAGGGGGCUACACUUCCGCUCUGCCUCCCAGGAAUGCCCGUUACUUCAGGAGCCUCCCGUAUAGGUAAAAAGAUUUAUGCUUAACUUUGUUUACUGAACACAUGGCAAGAAGAUUACUGCUCUUCCUGUAAACACGGCCUCUGUCAUUUUGCAGGUUGGCCAAAAUACAAAAUUCUAGUUUUGGGGUAACGAAGGGUUUUUUCCUGAAAGGAGCAACUGUUUUUGGACACUUCAGAGAACUCAAUGAUCAUACUCAAAAUGAAGAGCCUUUGAGUACUAAAGUUCUAUAGGUGUGAAGGGCCACUUUACAGAAAAUGAAAAGUUCCGUAUAUGUCAUAGUUUUGACCACACACUGUUUAAAUACACUAAGGGAAUACACUACAGAAGGAAUCCUUUUACAGGAUGAAGAACCCUUUGGUAAGAAAAAGGAAUCUGCUGCUUUAGGAGCAAGUGCGCGUUUACUGCUUCUGGGGAGAAACGGGAACCAAGUUUGUUGUAAAAGCAGUUGGUCAGAACUCGGUCUGAAUGAUCAGCUGUUUACCCUAAGGAGCCUGAAGUGCAGCUAACGUAUCAACUGUAAGAAUGACCAGGCCGUAUACUAGACAGGUUAUUUUAUAUCCUUCACUGUUCCCGUGGAGAGUGGAGAGGCCAAGGCUAAAGUACAAUCCUACUCAAACUCAAGUGACACACCACCUAGUGCAGCAGACAGGGAACUGCAUGCCCUAGCUUGGGAGGCUCGGCCAGCGGAGCCCAAGAUGCAGGGGCGACCAUCUACUCUUCAGGGCUCUGAAGACUCCACUCCAGAAAGGUGCAUGAAGAGGUCCCCAAGCUCGGUCAUAUCCACAUCUUCAGUGUUGGGGAUGUGUUGGCUUUCUCGGUUCUCGAUGAAAUCCCAGAGCCGCACAGAAUUGAAGAACUGCAAAAACGCCCAGAAAACAUGCUUGGUUAUUGCUAAUGGCAACAUGAAAGACGUGCCGCUUUUUCUUUUGCUUACCCCAAUCCCUGUUGCCAAAGCCAUGUAGCCAGAGAAGAGGCCAAGAACAGUAUCUGGAAAUGCCCACAGCUCAGUGUCCCUGAAAGAGAGCAAUGUCCUUACCCUCACGGUGCCUUCAGAACUGAGCUGUUUCCGGGGUUUCUCGGGCUCUGCAAGCCGCCCGUCAGGGUAAGCAUGGCGGUAAAGGCAUUUACUUCCAAAUGGGCAGGUCCCCUUGCCUUGCUCAAAGUACUUACAGGCCUUUUUCCUGAAAAUCAGAAGAAAUCAAGAGGAUAGUGGGAGAAACUGGGGCCCAGGUGGACACCUGCCUUCCUUCAUGUCUGCAUACAAUGCGAGCACUAGGAGAGCUUCACAUUAUAGGUAGGGAAACUGAGGCUCAGAGGCGCCAAGUGACUUGUCCAAGGUCACAUACAGCUGGGAUUCUGAUUUCCAAGCUGGAUAACAUUCCCACGGUAACAUGUUGCCCCACAGAAUUUGGGUCUGUGUGGGGAUUCUACUGUAUUGAAUGUGCGGUGCUAAAGGCCUUUCAGGAGAAACCCAGACCCUCCAGGCAACUCCUGCACAUACCUGAUCAACAGGCAGCAGCCAGGGGCUAGCUGAGGCCUGAGCAGCCAGUCAAGCCUCACUUUAGCCCCUGGCUGCAUCUCUGGGCCAAUUGCCUGGGCUCUAGCAUUGAAGCUAGGUCACGGGCCUCCUCAGCUCAAAGUUCCAAAAGGAGCUCCACCCAGUAAAGCUUUCCCUUCUGGCCAGCAGUGAUGUCAAAGGUGACCACAGGAAGCUGUGACUUAGGAGUCAAAGGGAAAGCAGUGAAUUCUAGCAACUGCCUAAAGCUACAGGUCUCAUUCUAAUUUUCCUCUGUACCCACCCUCUGGAGCAGAGGUUCUUAACUCCAUGUGCUGUGGACCCCUUCUCAGAACAAUGUUUUUAAAUGCAAAAAACAAAACACAUAGGUUUAUAGGAUAUAGUUAUCAAAAAGUUAAAUGUUUUCCUAUCUCUGCAUUCUACCCGGAGACCCCUAUGUAGAGAGGCCCUGCUCCAGAGGAAACUCGCAACCAAGUAAAAGAAUUCCCAUUUCUUCCUCAAAUGAAAUUGAGCUCACACAAUCAUAAAUGGUCCUCAAUUGAAGAAACAUUUGGAAGCGGUACCCUAGAAACCAGAGAGCUACCUAGGAGUACUAAGGAGGGAAUAAGUUGCAAAAAUAAAACCAAAUCACGCAGAAAUGGCACGCCGCCAGCUGGGCAGCUGGUAUGUGUGAUGCUUGUAGAUGACAGAGGUGGAUUCCUGAACUCCAGUUCUCUUCUGUUUCCUCAGACAAGGGGAUGGCAGAGCCCAGUGAAGUCCUCUGAGGCAUAGUCCAGAGCAGCAUCCAGAACAGCUUCCUAGUUGUGGACCAUAGGGGAAGGGGCUGCCUUGUUUGCCUGGCACCUACUUCUGGCAGGCUUGACUCCAGCACAGGUGGCCGAGGAGUGGGUUCAACCACGCAGGUGUUUGGACCAGACAUCUGCCGUGGUGCCCUCUUCUCCUACGAUUCUGCUCUAGCAGUGAGCUCUCCCCAGAGCAAAAGGGGGAGGACACUGUUAAGUGUCAGCUGGAUAUCAACACGAGGACAUCCUAGGGUACUUGCUUUCAUAAACUCACCAGGUUCAAACACUCUCUAGUCCUCCCAACUUAUCCCCACAAUUAUUCUAUUUUUCUGGUCACCAAGCCCAAAAGCCACCACUUCAUUGUGACUUAGUCUUUGUUCUCAUCUCUCUCACAUCUAAUUGUGUUCAUUGUGCUUACAUAACACCUCCCAAAUUGUCCAUCCUUUCCAUUUCCACAUUCUUGAAGCUGUUUGGAUCGACAUUCUCUGCUGCCUGGCUUGCCACAGUCCUUUCUAAACUGGUCUCCCUCCCACCAGUUUUCAGCUUCUUCACAUAACCACAGAGGAGUGUCCCCAAACAGUAUGUCUGUCACCCUCUUCUUAAAAGACCAUUCACAGGCUGGUAUUCAAGGCCCCCUCAGACUUGACUCCAGUCUCUGUGGCCCUGUGGUCCCACCACAUCCUUCUACAUGCCUCAUGUUUCAACCCCAAUGAACCAUGCCCCUUGCCCCCAAACACGAACUAUGCACCUUUCUGCACCCAUGUCAUUCUAUCCCUUGCUCCCCACCGGACAAGCUAUUCAUGCUUCAUGGCUCAGGGUUCCCGUACUGCUAUUCCUAACAGUCUGAGGUGGAUCCAAGUGCUUUCUCUAUUGUGACAUCUGGCUUGGGCCUUUCAAGAAUAAUUCUGUAUAUCGUAAUUGCUUUCUUGUAAUUUCCUGGGAAGUUAUUCUACUAAUCUCUUCAUUUCCCCAACCACCCCAUCGAUGCUUAGUUUGAAGGUGCCUGACCCCUGUUGAGUGUUCAGUACCUUGUGGAAUGUGUAAAUACAGUCCUCCAAGGAAACCGAGGCCAGGAAAGACCCUAACAGCAAUAAAACAUGAGAAAUGUCAAACUUCUCCAGCAGAGCUCCUUUCUAUAGGCUCGGGCUCCUCCACUGCCUUGCCUUGCCUGCCCUCUGGUGGACAUAAAAUAAAACACCACAAGAGGGAAAAACAGGAAAAUACCAAUUCUUCAGUAACUGAUAUGCAACUUAAAGGAACCAUGAAAAAAGGUGACAUAUAGUUCCACUUCAGUAGGGCCAAGUAAGCUUUUACCACACUGUCUCUCCUGCAGAUAACGAUGAACAUAACUAUUAAUAAAAGAUCUUGAAGGCACUGGAGAGUAAAUAAAGGCAGGAGAUUCUUUAGGGGAGAAGACAACUGGAAGAAGGGAAUAGCAAGGAGUGAGUUACCUUUUUUUUUUUUAAACCCCACAGAAAAUUCUGCCUUUCUGUCUGAAGAAGGAAAAGACAGAGUUCAGGACAACCACAAAAAAAAAAAAAAUUUUUUUUUUUUUUUUGAAAAUGAGGACGAAAUCCCUCAAAGGAGGAGGCCUGAGAUGGAGUGCUCCAAAUACUGUGCAUAAACUAUGCCCAGAUCUCUGGCUAAUCCUGACCCACACAUGAAUGUGGCAGGCUCAGUGCGGCACAACUAAGGAUAAGCAACUGAACGUAGGUUUAAAAUGCUGCCCAAGAGUUUGAGUCCAAAUAAUUUAACUGUCUGAUAAAACCAAAACACCACCUUACAGAGGAACCUAACAGAACCCAGAGUACAUUUACAAUGUCUCGGAUACAAUCCAAAACUAACCAGUAUGUUAAAAAGUCAUCAAGAUGUAACCCAUUUUUGUGAAAAAAGACAAUCAACAGAGACCAACUUCAAGAUGACAGGAUUUUAAAACAGCUACUAUAAAUACAUUCAAGGUCAUGAAAGAACAUACACCCAAAGAAUGAAAAGAUAAGCAAUCUCAGGAGAGAAACAAACAAUAAAAAAGAACCAAAUGGAAAUUCUAGAAAUGAAGAAUAAAAUACCUGAGAUUAAAAAAAAAAAAAAA